AUGGUUCACGAGCAUCUCCACCGCCGCCAUGGGCGGGAUGCGCAGCCUCACGACGAAAGUCCCUUCGACAAGGCCGCAAGUGCUAUUGCCAAUGUCUUCGGAGGAAACGACCAAGUACAACAAGCGUCGACCAUCGUGUCUAUUGUGUAUGUCACGGCCUCGAAGACUUUUACGGGCGCUGUGGGAGGAUAUUCAACGUUAGGGCCUGUCGUCGCGACCACUUCGACACCAUCACCUCCCGAUGAGGGUGCUACAAACACAGGUCUUCUUGUUGGCAAGACUACCUCCAGCUCGAGCGGGAUGCCAACAGCCAUCACACCACCCAAAACGUCUGUUACACCUACCCAGUCGCUUUUGGCUGACACCAGCAUCUCGUCUUCCGAGACCCCAACCAAGUCCUCAACAAUAUCAGCGGCCAGUGCAACGUCGAGCGCUACGACGAGUUCCAGUUCAGGGGGAAUGAGCACUGCAGGGAAGGCCGGAUUGGCGAUCGGUAUCUUGUUACUUAUCGGAGCGGUUCUAUCAGUUAUACUAUUUUGCUUCAAGAAGAGACGAGAGCGCCAGGAGAGACUGGAUGAUGAGAAGCAUGAGUUUGGAGAUAUGAACCGACAAGCCAGCCAACGUACGACUGUGACGGCACCACGUCUCUCUCUCAGACCCGUCACUCAGUUCCUUCCAAACCUCGGUGAGAAGCGUCAAAGCAGGGGCAAUGCUCUCAAUAUGGGUCGACCGAUUGCCCAACAAAACGUCGACAGGCCAAUGACUGCUCAGUCAAACAACCGAGAGAAUCCAUUUGGCAAUCACGCCGAGACCAUUGAUGCCACCAACGCGAGAGGUCCAGAAGUUGUUCAAGGAAUGGGUCCGGGAGGGGAAGUCUUGACGGGCGCCACUGCUGCAGCAGCUGUUGUCGGUCUUACUCGAGGUGCUUCUAAGCGUGGUUUUGGUCCCAGCCCAAUUGAUCUCACAAAGAAGGCUCCUUUUGCCGGUCCCGCCGGUCCCCCAAGCCCUGCUCCUACCGAGUUCAGCGUCUCAUCGGAGUCAUCUCCCACGCCAGCUCAGACCGCGUCUGGUGCUGCCAUUGCUGCCGCUGGAGGACCUAUCAAUUCCGCUGUUCAUCGUGUCCAACUUGACUUCAAGCCGUCUAUGGAUGAUGAACUUGAGUUGCGUGCUGGUCAGCUGAUCCGACUGUUGCAUGAGUAUGAUGAUGGAUGGGCGCUCUGCAUUCGUCUUGAUCGUUCUCAGCAAGGUGUUGCCCCUCGGACAUGUCUUUCAACUCGUCCUGUCAAGCCUCGCCCACAACAGAAUGGUCCUCGAGGUCCCCCACCAGGCAUGCGUGUUCCGCAGAAACCACGCCCAAUGUCACCAGCUGGAAGACCCAUGACUCCUAACGGGCAGCAACCUAGACCAAUGUCCCCAAGCCAACAACGUCCGAUGACGCCCAAUGGCCAACAUCCGCGACCAAUGUCACCAAGUCAACAACGUCCCAUGCAAGGUCGCCCUGCAAGCCCCUCGCAAAUGCAAGGCAGACGGAACAGUCCUCCAGGCCCGAGCGCCAUGAACCCUCAAUACAACCCCUCUGGUUCUCCGCCUGCACCGGAAUUCGCGUCUGGCUCCCCUCCCAACAACAGCCCAAUCGGCCGAAAGCCAGUCCCUGGCCAAGCCAUGUAA